AUGUUUCAGCCUCACGUUUUUGCCCCAGAAAUGCCUGCAUGUCCCGAAAGCAAAGGAGCAGUCCAGGCAACGCCAGACAGGCAGGCGGGUCUACGGCACUCCUAGCCAGCUACGGGGGGGAUGUCGGGCACCUCGUGCUGGCCUGAUGUCUAAACUUGCAUAGGACUGCGUCCUUAGGGGCCGUGGCGUGAGUGCCAGAGGACGCGGAAGGGAUUUCCUUUUCAAGUCGCAGGGCAGAUGGGCUCAGUGUAUGGCGCAGCUGGGGGGCCACUGUGGGCCAGCCACUCCAGGGUCAGCAGCAGCCUCAGCGCAGAUGAUCUGCUCCUGGAGGAUCUGGAGACCGAAGGGGAGAGGCAGCUCAAGAGCCUCCUGCACCAUCAGCUUGACACAUCCGUCUCCAUUGAGCAAUGUGUGUCCAAGCGCCGCUGCUUUGCCCCUGCCACCGUGUACAAGCCCUUUGGGGAAGAGGCUGCUGGUGCUCGCAGCUUGCCUCAGUUCCAGGCGCUGCAGGAGAGCAGCAAGGAGAUGGCUGCCCUCCGGGAUCUGGGCCUCACAGACGCCGAGAUCCACCUCUGGAGGAGCCGUGCCAUGCCAGAGAAGAGCUCGGGCCUUGGCGCAGCCCCCGAAGCGACUCAAGACAGGAUCCAGGUCAUACGGGAGAAGAUUGCCGAGCGCCAGCGCAUCCUUGCCUUGCCGCAGCGUUUUGCGGGCAGCAAGCAGCUGAGCCGUCGUGAAAUGGAGAUAGAGAAUGCACUCUUCCAGGGCACAGAUCGCCACUCCUUCCUCAGGAUGCUUUAUCACCGGGAUGAGACCAGGCUGAGCACUGCCCACGAGACGGGCCCAGUGGCUCAGCUGGAGACUGUGUACCAAGACCUGCUGAGCCAAGAGAUGCCGGAGUCCCGCCAUCCACACGACCAUGGCUUUUGCCCCUCCACCCGGGGGGGCGGGAGCAGCUCGCCGGCAGCUCAGAACCCAGCCCAGCCGCCCGCCUUGGGGCCUGUGAUGGUGACAGAGCCUGUGGAAUUUGUCCCAGAAGAGGAGAUCUGCAAGAACCGCCUCUCGGAGGAGGAAAUCCGCAGGAUCCCCAGGUUUUCCUCCUACAGCCCCGGAGAGCCAAGUCAGGUGCUGUACCUGAAGAACCUCAGCUGCCACGUGACGGUGCGAGACCUGCUCUCCUUGUUUGCCAGGUUCCAGGAGUGCGGUGGCCCGCAGAUCCGCUUCCGCUUGCUGAGUGGGCGCAUGCGGGGCCAAGCCUUCCUGACGUUCCCCAGUAUCGCAACGGCUCGGGCGGCCCUGGAACUGGCAAACGGGUUCCUCCUGAUGGGGAAACCUCUUGUGAUCGAGUUCGGGAGGAGCAAGCAGCCGGCUGGCGGUGCUGAAGCAGACCCUGCCCUGCUUCUGUGAUCUCCACUGCACUCCAGGGAGCAGCCGGCCCGUAGCAGCAGGCGCGGUUCAGCGGGCGCCCCCUGGCUGGUGGGAGCCGGGCGCAGAGUGGCAGGCUGCGAGUUCGGGUCAGAGAGAGCCACAGGGUGGCUUUGUGAGGCAGACCCCCGGGAGGGGGAACGGCCCCUGCUGGGAAGGCUGUUUCAGCCCUUCCACGAGAGGAGGCUGGGGACAGCCCAGGGCGCCCCCUCCUGUGGAGGCCCAGGGCUGCUCAUCCUGCUUGUGCCGUGGGCGGCUGCAGAAGGGGCCCUGCGGCCCUGGCCUGCCCGGCUGGUCACCCCGCUCCCCUUGAGAGCAGUUUGUUCAUCAAGCAGAGGCUCUGUCAGUGUCUUGAGUCAGUGUCUUUCCCAAAGACCCCACAUUUCCUUGCUGCAGAUACGGGCAGUUCCCCUUUGCGGCGCUAACGCCCCAGUCCUGCUUUGGAGGCAGCCCGUCCAGACCCCUGUGCAGGGGGAGCUGCCGCACCUGCCCCUCCUCUGGGCAGUGCCUCGUGCCGCCAGCCCGGCCCUCCUGCCACAGACUCUUCUCACUCCAGAGGAGCCGUUUCACGGUGCCUGAUGGAUGUCCACGGAGCCCUUUUCGUCCUGUUGCCUGCAGCUGGGGCGCCUCCCCCGGGGCACAGGGCUCUAGCUCAGGGGGUCCGUUUUGAGUGGAAUAUGCGGGAAAUGUCAACAUGGACUGGACUGAGGCUGCUUUCAGGACACCUUCACUGCAUAGGAGGGAACCAAACAGGGAAACUGGCUGGGAGGGUGCUUUUCUGCGCUUUUUCACUCCACAGAUUUUUCAUUUUGCCUCUUCCUAGGUGAGGCUCAAGGGUUUGGGCAGAUAAACUCUCCUGCUGGUUCAGGGUGAAACUGGGCAGAGGCUUGGGGCCCCUGCACCAGGGCUUGCACAGCGUGAUAUGGGAAGGGUGGUUUGCUGGGUUCCUGGCGUGGCCACAGCUGAAACCUUCCUUUGCAAUGGGGCUGGUUCUGCGUGGCGAGAAUAAAAUGUUCCCCUCUAGGUGGCUUGGAGCAGUUUGAGGGGCUUCUCAUGA